AUGGUAGUUUCAAAUUAUGGAUACUUUCAUAAUUUCUAUAAAUGGCUAUUAAUCGACGAUUUUGGCAAUAAUGAAACGGAAUCCCCAAUUGGUAAAACGCUUGCUAAAUUAAAUGUACCUUUAAACGCAGAUAUCACAUUGAGUGUACAAAAUACUCCGAAUUCACUUCAAUUGUACGAUAUUUAUAAUCCAGGAUACGUACGGGGUGGAAACUUAACAAUGAACCCUGAUAUCGUUACUGAAAAUAGAUGGUUUGGACCCGAUGGUGGCGAGCCAGAAGGUAUACAAAAGGGAUUAAUCGAACAUAAAUUUGAUAUAUCUGCCAUUACAGGCUUGUUAAAAGUAGAUCGAAUUCAUAUGAUGGAUUGGUCUAUACCACUUUAUCCAUUCCGUACCUCUUUUGUAUUCCAAAAUCCAGAUACCACGUCAAUAUCAAAUAUUUUUCUAAGUCCUUUUACUUAUGAUUCUUGGUAUGGAGUCCUGUUAAUUUUUAUUUUAUUUGUAUUAAUUUUUUCUAUAAGUUAUGAUAGUGAUCGACAAAUGCCAAUUACUGGUGGUGUAGAUGCUACAAGUGCAGCUGUAAUUGUUACUUUGGGUGUUCUUUGUCAACAAGGUACUUGGCUAGAACCACAUAGAAAUUCGGGGAAAUUUCUAUUGUUUUCGAUACUCGUAUCAAGCGUUUUAGUAUAUAAUUUUUACACUUCGAGUGUUGUUUCAUCCUUAUUGAGUGCAAAACCAAAAACUUUAGAUACAUUUCAAGAAUUAGCACGAAGCCCUUUACAAAUUGGCUUAGAAGAUCAACCAUAUACAAGAACGAUAUUCCAAGUAACUAAAAAUCCGGAUAUAAAAUAUUUAUAUAAUUUAAAAGUUGCAAAGGCCAAAAUCGAUCCAUACAAUAUUAGCAUUCCAGAUGGCAUUGAAUUAAUAAACAAAGGAGGUUGGGCUUACCAUGCUGAAACAAAUUCUUUGUAUCCAUCAAUUUCACGUUUAUUUGAUCAAGAUAAAAUCUGUAAAUUGGGUGAAAUUAAUUUAUUUCCACCGGCCUAUUUACAGUUCAUGUUACCACGAUUUAGUCCUUAUGCCGAAAUGUUUAAAAUCAGCCAAUAUCGCCUAGUAAAUAAUGGCAUCUAUAAACGGUUUUUAAAACAAUAUUAUCAUGAAAAACCAGAAUGUUUUUCAACUACGCUGUUAGUCCAAGUAAAUUUAGGUCCAAUAACACCAGCAUUUUUUCUACUUUCCGUUGGAAUGAUGGCCGCUGUAAUUAUUUUUAUAUUUGAAAAUCGUCAUAGAAUUCGUUUUAAAUUACAAUCGAUUAUUCAAAAACAAAGAGUUCGAAAAGAAGAUUGGAAGAAUUAA